GACAGAAUGCCCAAGAGGCUCCGCAGCAAGGGUAACAAGAAAGCAGCCGUGUCCGGUGGCGAGGACCGCUUGAGUGCGCUCCCGGAAGAUGUGAUCCUGCUUCUGCUGUCGUUCCUGACAUCGCGUCAAGCCGUGCAGAUGUCCGUGCUCGGCCCCCGCUGGCGCGCCCUCUGGAAGUCCCUGCCAUCACUCCGUUUCGACAUGGGACUUGACCACACCUCCCAUAGUUUCCAUUUCAUCGAGAGCCUGAUCCGCUACCGUGACCCGACAACGCCCCUGUUUGAAUGCGAGAUUCUGUCUAGCGACCGGUUCAGCCAAGAUGUCGACAUGUGUCUCCGUUACGCUGUUUCGCGCAAAGUGAGGGAUCUUCGAAUCAAAAUCUACUCUCUACGUUACUUCCAGCUAUCGGCCGGGACUUUCUUCUCCAAACACCUGACCAGGUUAUUUCUUCGUAAAGUUUGGCUCGACGAUUUCUAUCUGCAUGUUUCGAGCUGCAACUCGCUCGAGGAGCUGGAGAUCAAACGCUGUGACAUCAAUAUCGGAGACGUUGGAACCCACUUUCCCAAGUCCUUGCGCCUUCUAAGGAUCAGAAACACAAAUAUUGACCCCAUCGUUACCCGGUCUUUCAUUUCCGCGCCAGGCCUGGUUACCCUGGAGCUAGCGGUCGGUUACGAGUGCGCUCUGUGCCUUAAGAGCAUGCCAUCGUUGGUGACUGCGUUUAUCAAGAUUGGACACAAGUCAGGAUUUUCGUAUUGCGAGGCAUGUGAGUUUGAUGAUGGUGUGCUUCUCAAAGGUUUGUCAGGUGCUACGAAUCUGGAGCUGAUAAGGGUUCGCUCAAUGGUCUUCAGAAAGGAGAUAAAAUGUUACCCUACAUUUAGCAAGCUCAAGACAUUGUUGCUCAGUGACUGGUGUAUGGCUUCUAACUUCACUGGACUAGUUUACUUUCUGCAGCACUCACCAAUUCUAGAGAGAUUUACGCUUCAACUUGGUAGAUACUGUGAGAAAACUCAAAUGCAUGAAGUCUAUCCAAAGGAACAAUUCAUGGUGUCAAAGCAUCUCAAGGCAAUUGAAAUAACAUAUUUCCAGAAAGAUGUAAGGGUAGACCAAAUAGUAAACUUCCUUGCGUACCAUGGAGUACAUCCGAAACUCAUAAACAUCGAAAGGAAGCCCUAUGAUGACUGCUUCAGUUUCAAGCGCAAGGAGUAGUUCAGACAUCUACGGUCGCUUCUCUAUUCACACUCCCAUGUCCCUGGAUCUUUCACCACUAGGUUCCUGCAUUUUGUCAAGCAAGGUCGUGCGUGCAACUCAUAUCCGGUUCACGUGAAGCAUGAACUCCUGCCGAUUUCGUGAUGUGGCUCACUGGGAUUCAGUUGGAAAGGCUUAAAAGCCAUCGCGGUCCUGUUGCACCUAUUGCUCUUUUCCUGAACUCUGUUUGGCCUGAACUGAAUGAUCUGCUUAAGGUCUAGUUUUAGUUACAUGUUUCUAGAAGUACAACUUAUGCAAUAUGUAGUAUGUUGCGUAUCCAUUUCUUUCAUGACCUGGAAUGUUGUUUUGCUUUAGUGA